AUGUUCUCCUCCUUGCUGCGAUCUCGAAGUCAGCGACGUAGGUCGCGCGUUGACCGUCCAACCUCGCCUUCCACCGAGCGAAGACCGUUUUCUGCUUUCGGUCGUCUUCCCCGGGCAUCCUUCCCACGUUCCUACGCCAGCUACGAUGACGAUGAGCACAGUGGUGAAGAGGAGGACGAAGAGGAGGACCUCGAGCCCGAAGAUGAAGGGGACGAGGACGAUGAAGGAGACGAAAACGAGUCCAGUAGUCCACUACUACCCAUCUUUUCGUCUGCGACCUUAGAUGCCGUCCCUGUAUUUAGUCUCACGCACAUCAUCCGGGAGAUGGUGGUCUCAAGAUGUGAGACCGUGCUUUCAUGGGACCAGCUGCGUUCUCCUCAGGUCUCGCAAUUCUUAGUCCGACCCAUCCUGCAGCAAAUUACCUCAAGUCACUUCAAUGCUGCGACCGAAUACGCUCUCCUGGCAAACUGCUUACAAUUUUCAAAAGAAGCUGCCAUAAAUCCGGCGAACAGUGGCACAAGCAAGACUCGAGCAAUGCUGUGCGAAUUACUUGCCAUCAGAUUGUUGCGGGAUUAUUCUACACGGGAGCUCAUCGAUGCACUCUCGUAUGACUUCGAUCCCCUCCAAGGCCAAGUCGAAGCUGCUGCAGUCACCAUCAAUGGCAACCCCACGACAGUUCAACGGCGGGUCCCACCACGGGUCGCGAGAAUCUCUUGCUACGAGGUGGCUCUCCGAGCGCAGGCGAAGCGCUUCCUUGCUCAUCCCACUGUUGUACAACAACUAGAGGCCAUCUGGGCUGGCAGCAUAGUGUUUCAUUCUGCUGCGGACAGCAUGCAUCGAAAAUUACCGAGCAAUCGACAACCCCCAGGCUAUGGAACAAUCGAUGCCAUCAAACACGAAGACCCCGACACGGCAUCGUUACGCAGAGCGGUAACCAUCUACAAUCCUCGCGAUGCGUCAUUGUUGAAGCUGUCUCGCUUGCGGGUGCCUCGCUACAGGAACAUCUUGUCCACGCUGUCCUUUGCUGUACUACUGGGGCUUUUCCUUGCAGUCCUAAUACAGCGCUCUCUCGAGAUUACAACGUUGGAAGUGAUCUUCUGGUUCUGGGCUGGAGGCUACAUGCUAGACGAAGUCGUCGGUUUCAAUGAACAGGGCUUCAGCCUGUACAUUGCAUCCUUCUGGAACACUUUCGACCUUGGCAUUCUAGCACUCUUGUUCAUCCACCUUUGUCUCCGAUUUUAUGGCAUAGCUAUUGCCGAUGUUCGGAAACACACGAUUGCCAACAUGGCUUACGAUGUGCUUGCCGCGGACGCUAUUCUGCUGUUCCCUCGUCUAUUCUCGGUCCUCGAUCAUUACAAGUAUUUCUCGCAGCUGCUCAUCGCCUUCAGAAUGAUGGCUCAAGAUCUCAUAGCAAUCUUAGUCCUCAUUCUGGUAAGCUGCUCUGGCUUCUUUGUGGCGUUAACCUUAGCAUUUGGCGAGGAUAACCUUGAUACUCCGGGGAACGUCGCCUAUGCCUUGUUGCAGAUCCUCAUGGGCUUUACACCAGCGGCGUGGGAUAGAUGGGGCAGCUACAAUACGCUGGGAAAGAUCAUACUGACCUUGUUUCUCUUCAUCGCCCACUUUCUGAUCGUCGUCAUCCUAAUCACGGUUCUCACGAAUUCCUUCAUGGCUAUUGUUCAGAAUGCCAAUGAAGAGCAUCAGUACGUUUUCGCCGUCAACACCAUCGCCAGUGUCAAGUCGGACGCUCUUUUUUCAUACGUCGCGCCAACAAACAUAUUGCAGUGGCUAUUGACACCGUUGCGGUACUUUGUCCCGUUCCGACAGUAUGUCAAGAUAAAUCGCACAAUCAUCAAGGUUACGCACUUCCCAAUCCUGUUCUCGAUCUAUCUGUAUGAACGCACGUUCCUGGGGUCAUCCGUAUACGAUUCGAUGGACCUAGUAGAGAGCAGGGGUCGACCUAAGCGUCCUUACGCGCCGAAACUUCCUCGCCUGGCGCGUGAACCUUCCAUCGCAACCUUUAGACAGGAUCGUGCCCUGGAAGAGGUCUUUCGGGCAUUGCCAGAUUCGACUCGUCGCCAGGAUCCGAGCCGGGAUCGCCGCCAGACGAGCACGGCUGUAAACAACUGGAUGAAGGACAUGGGUGACGAUCUAGCUAGUCCGCCUCCAGAGCAGGAUCGCAAAGUUGUCGACCGACUUGAACGCCAACGGACCCCGGGGCAAUGGAAGAGAUCGUUCCGGGCUCGUCAAGCGUCUCGUAGGACCAUUUCGGUGGUAUCUGAUCCAGAGGACUUCAGGUCUAUCACGGAUAUGUUCUCGCCCGGUCAAAACGUUAUUACUGAGGAAAUAACGCCAUCGCACGUCGAGGGCCCUUCACAGCAGACCGACGCGGAUGGGGACGACGAGCUCGCCCCAGACGAAGAACAUGAUGAGAUGGACCAGUCAACGCACUUGACCGACAGCCCGGAAAUGUCUCGGCCGAAGCUCCAACCUUCUAUCGACUACUUUGCCCGGCAGGGUUCGCCUCGAACAAGGACGCCGAAGAAGAUGAGUCCUGUGGAAUCGCGCAAAGGUACAAGCGACGGAGAGUCUAACCUGCCUGUCACCCGCUCACCAAAGCAAGCACCUCGUUAUCAUUUCCGCAACUUUUCUACCGCAACUCAGAUCUACAAGCCCGAGUCCAGCAGUGAAGCCACAGACCCCACUGCUGCUAAAACCCAGCCCUACAACUCUGGAACUGCAAGUCCUAUCAACAAGUCUGCCUCAUCCGGCAUCACCGCUGCAGUCGCGGCCGGCCCGAGUGGCCGGAAAACACCCAAGAGGCCUGCACGUGUUAUGCGCCCGAUUCUUCCCACCAAGGAUAACCCGGCCUUCCGAUCCGCACCGACCCUUGCCGGCAUUAUGACACCCACACGCGCGGCCGGUCGCGGAGAGACACGCGAACGCCCGAAUGCACAUAUGGACAUCGUCAGUGAUAUUGGCGACAAUCAGGCUAUUGGAGGUGGAUACGUUGGUGCGAUCCCCGCGAGUUUUGCGACGCAGAUGUUCCAGGCAUCGAGGGGCGACCGAGAGCGGAAGAGCAGAGACGACGAGCAGGAGCGGAUGGCGCGGUUGAUGAUGGCGCGCCUCACAAAUCUGGAGGAGAGCAUGCGCGAAGUCAUCCACGGGGUGCGUGAGGUGGCCAACGUGAGCAACUCCGGACCAAGCCGGAAUAGAAGCCCCGAAAGGGCUCUACCGCGAGUGGUGAAGCGAAACACGGGUCCGCGGGACAAGGCCAAGGAAGGGGACAAGACCAAAGAGGGUGGCAAGGGGCCCGAAAAUGAGGUUGAGAGACCCGACACGGCCGUCAACGUGAUGAACAAGGAGAACUUUGAUCCGCGAGAACUCAUUGCGGCAGUAGAAACGGCGCCACGCACACCGGAGGACCAGGGCUCGCCAGGCCCAACGCUGGCGCAGCAGAACCAGACGAGCAUCGAGGACUUUGCGCGCGUCGAGGAUAGCCCGCCCACCGUCAAGGGCGGGGAGUGA